CCAGGAGGAGGAACCCGGAGCAGGAUAUGGCUGAGAAUUGUGCAAGUGGGGACGGCCCCCAAAGGAAUGUGAAAGCAACUUCCUGCUUCCUUAGCACCCGUUCUCAGUUCCCUUUUCCACCCUGCUAUAAACACGCCGGUUACAGCAGCAGGAUAGGAGGGGAGCAUCGGCCAGCAGCCAGCUCAGCACAGACGGUUCCUCCGCACUCCUGAAAGGAUGGCAGUGCAUCGCCUGGCCCUGGCUGCCUCCAUGCUGGCCAUCUGCACGGUGCUCAGCAGGGCCACUAACCCCGGCUUUGUGGCCAGAAUCACUGUUAAAGGCCUGGACUACGCUCGGCAGGAGGCCAUCGCUGUUCUGCAGAAGGAAUUAGCCAAGCUGAAGCUACCAGACUUCUCGGGGUCCUUUAAAGUCAAGCUCUUAGGAAAGGUGCACUACACGUUCUACAGCCUGAACCUUCUCAGUUUCCAGUUGCCGAGUUCACAGAUUGCCCCGAUCCCCAACGUGGGCCUGAAAGUCUCCAUCGCCAACGCCUUUGCCCAGCUGACAGGGAAGUGGAGGGUGAAGAAGAGAUUUGUCAGCGACAGUGGGUCAUUUGACCUAAAGGUUGAGGGUCUCUCUAUCUCUAUUGGUCUGAAGCUGGGCAGCGACACCUCUGGGAGACCCACCGUUACCACCUCGGAGUGUGGAACCCACAUCUCCAAUGUUCGGGUGCACAUCUCGGGCAGGUUUGGCUGGCUGUACAAUCUCUUUCACAAGAAGAUUGAGUCCAGCUUCAGGAGGACAAUGGAAGGCAAGGUCUGUGGAGCGGUGACCAGCUCUGUCACCACCAAGCUGCAGCCCUAUCUCCAGACUAUGCCAGUCACAGCAAAGAUAGACAAGGUGGCUGGGAUUGAUUACUCCCUGGUUGCACCUCCCGCGGCAACAGCCCAGUCUCUGGACAUGAAUCUGAAGGGUGAAUUUUUUUCCCUGGCCCAUCACUCUGCCAUCCCCUUUCCUCCUCCUGCACUGGCCCUCCCAGUGGAUCAUGACCGCAUGGUUUACUGCGGGGCCUCCAGUUACUUCUUCAACACAGCUGGCUUUGUGUACCACACAGCCGGGGCCCUGCUCUUCGAGAUCACUGAUGCCAUGAUUCCUAAGGAGUUUAAGUUCCAUUUGAACACCUCCACCUUUUCAGCCUUCAUUCCCCAGCUGGAAAAGAUUUACCCAGACAAGCUGAUGAAGCUCAUGAUUAAAACGUCUUCUGCUCCAUUCCUGACCAUCACGCCUGGGAACUUGUCGCUUAUGCCUGUUGUGGAUAUCCAAGCAUACGUUAUCCUACCCAACUCCUCCUUCAUCCCUGUCUUCCUCCUCAGCGUGACCAGCACCGUUUCAGCCAAGAUUAUGGUGACCUCUGCCCGGAUAGGUGGGACCCUGGAACUUGGCAGGCUGCAGCUGUCACUGAAGCACUCGGACGUCGGCCCUUUCUCCGUGCAGCUGCUGCAGGCACUCAUGAACUUCUAUGGCUCAAGCAUCCUGAUCCCACGCAUCAAUGCAAGACUCAAGGAGGGCUUCCCCCUCCCACUGCCGGCUCGUGUUCAGCUCUCCAACCUCGUCAUACAGCCCCGCCAGAACUUCCUGCUGUUUGGAGCAGACGUUCGUUACGUGUAGAGAAGCCAAGGCCGAGACGCUGAAAGAAAUGACUGAUAUGAAAAGACAACGUUCCUCUUUCCCCUGAGCAGCACCUGGCCUUGUGAAUGGAUAGCAGGCUCCUGCCUUUCCUCUGUGUCUGCGCCGCACCCACCUCAUGCCCAGAGAGGGCUCCAGAUUCCCUCCUUCCCCCUGCAAUUCACUGCUACCAAA